AUGGAAGACGAUAAAAAUUCAUUAAUUGAAUUCACAAAGAAAUUUGAUUUUAAUAAACAUCAGACACUUGAAAGUGAUUUCUAUCCUAAUACAAUCCAUCAUAUUUUUGGGAGAAACGCUUUAUCAUUACUUGAAUUAUGCUGUUAUCACGGAUCAAUUAAUUGUUUUAAUUUCCUAACAACAGAAUUAAAGUUAGAAAUUACACAAGGAUGUGUUAGUUAUUCAUUUUUAAGUGGAAAUAAAGAGAUCAUUGAUAAAUGUUUGGCAGAAAAAGACCCUAAUUUCGUUACAAUGGAAUAUGCAGUUAUUUCACGCAAUAUUGAUUAUGUAAAUCUUUUGAUGGAUGAACACGAUCUUUUCCCUGAUUACGAAGGUGCUGCUUAUUACAAUAAUCUUCAGGCAUUCAUUAUUGGUUUAAAGAAAUGUCGCUAUAUCAAUGAUUACUUUUUCCAUUCAUUAUACUUUGGCUUUGAACCAGUUUAUGAAAUUAUUUUAUCUCUUGGAGCAAAUAUCAAUGCAGUAAAAAUCAAAAAUAAUGUUCCUCUUAUCCAUUGGUGUGCAAUCUAUAAUAAUGUAGAAUUUGCGUAA